AUCACCGACGGUUUAGACGCUCCCAGUACGUACACAGUACCAUCGGUUGUGGUACCGGCCGACACUAGCGGCAGUCAGUGUACCAUUACGGCUAGUCGUGCGUGCGUCUUCCACGAAGAUAAAGGGAUUUUCUGUUGUGGUGGCGGUGUUGUGUUUGUUGAUGUUGCAGUGCGCAGGCGUGUAACAGGUCGGGGAGGAUAUAGUUGUGUGUGUGAUAGUAUCUUUUUUAAGGACCGGAAUCGUAAAAGACUUUUUUCCUCUUGUGUUUAUUUUAACCUUUUUGUAGGUUGGUUUGAAAUGAGAGGAAGUGACGAACUUCUUUCACAAUCUAACGUAUCCGUGAUGGCUCCUUCAGCACCGCACGCUGAUAAUAACAAUCAGGAAAACGCUAAAAAAGUAAAACUGGAACAGAACGUUGGAAAGCCUUCCAGGGUGAUCCACAUCCGGAACAUCCCGUCGGACGUAAGCGAGGCCGAAAUCAUCCACCUCGGAAUGCCCUUCGGUCGCGUCACUAACGUGCUGGUGCUCAAAGGCAAGAACCAGGCUUUCCUGGAGAUGAGUGACGAAGCCGCCGCCACAAGCAUGGUCUCGUACUUCGGCGGAUGCGUGGCACAGCUGAGGGGCAGGGCGGUAUACGUGCAGUAUUCUAACCAUAAGGAGCUGAAGACUGACCAGACACAUUCGAAUGCGUUCCCUUUUUCCUUUCAGAAUGCUUCUGCGCAAGCUGCGCUGCAGGCGGCUCAGGCACUGGCUCUCACACAGAACUCCGUUACUCCCGCUGCAACCCCCACUACGCCAGUGACAAACGGUCAGGAUAUACAGGGUGGCCCCAAUACGGUGCUCAGGGUGAUCGUCGAACAUAUGAUCUACCCUAUUAAUUUGGACAUUUUACAUUUGAUAUUCCAGCGGUUUGGAAAAGUUCUCAAAAUCGUCACAUUCACAAAGAACAAUUCGUUCCAAGCCCUAAUCCAGUACCCCGACACGCAAUCGGCGCAAGCGGCCAAACAGGCGCUGGACGGCCAGAACGUGUACAACAGCUGCUGCACGCUGCGCAUCGACUACUCGAAGAUGUCCUCGCUCAACGUCAAGUACAACAACGACAAGUCGCGCGACUACACCAACCCCAGCCUGCCGACAGGUGACGCCUCGGACGGUCAGUUGGCGCUGACCGGCGGUCUGGCGGGCGGCCUGGGGGCGGACAUCUUGCUGUUGGCGGCGCAGCCCCGAUUGACCAGAGAACGCUUAGCGGAUUCUAUACUAGCCGGCGCUCCAGGCGUCCUAAACGGGCCCUUCAUGCACGGACUGGGCUCACCUCUAGCCGCCCCGUACGCGGGCGGCGUGGCCGGCGCCAUUCCCGGAUUGAGUGGCUUUGCCGCCCUCAGUCAAACCGCCCCAGGACUGCGCGGACUAGCCGCACCCGGCCUAUCCCUCGCUACGGUCCUGCUGGUCAGCAACUUGAACGAAGAGAUGGUCACGCCUGACGCUCUCUUUACACUAUUUGGCGUUUACGGAGAUGUACAACGAGUGAAAAUAUUGUACAACAAGAAAGAUUCGGCACUUGUUCAACUGGCUGAGCCUCACCAGGCGCAUUUAGCUAUAACACACAUGGACAAACUGAAAGUUUUCGGCAAGCACAUUCGCGUAAUGUUGAGCAAACAUCAAACAGUACAAAUGCCCAAGGAAGGUCAACCUGAUGCUGGUCUCACCAAGGACUAUAGUCAGAGUCCUCUCCACAGGUUCAAGAAACCUGGAUCCAAGAACUAUCAAAACAUUUACCCGCCGUCUGCCACAUUGCACUUGAGUAACAUUCCAGCAACUGUUAACGAAGAAGAUAUCAAGAAGGCUUUUACAGAUAACGGUUUUACUGUCAAAGCUUUUAAAUUCUUCCCGAAGGACAAGAAGAUGGCACUAAUUCAACUGCCCAGCAUGGAAGAGGCGGUGAUAGCUUUAAUAAAGAUGCACAACUACCAACUGUCCGAAUCGAACCAUCUAAGAGUCUCGUUCUCGAAAUCGAGUAUAUAAUGGCCUAAAACGCCCAAUUACACCAGUAUUCAUUCCAUUAUCAGAGUCCGAAUGGUAGCUAAUUGAUAAAGUUACAAAACAGCGCUUAUUUAUUAUUAUAAUUAUGACAAAUAACGUACAUUUUUAUGUUAUUUAUAUAGACUGUUUUUGGCAGGUUAAGCUUCGUUCUGUUAGUUUCUUUUUUAAUUCUUUUAGAUCUUUGAAUCGACACAAUCAACAGUAUAUACGACCUAAGUAUUUCUAGAAUAGUAGCGAACAAAGUUUGCUAAACAUUAAGUUAUAGUAAUGUUAGUUUCUAUUUUCUUACGAUUUUUGACAACAACGUUUUAUUUUUCGGAUGCAUCGCAUAUUUUUCUACUUUUACGAUAUAUUAUUCUCUUUCUUAGCCAGUAUUAGACUCGCUUUAAUUCAAAAUAAGCAACUGUUUAACAGACAUGGAAUUUUUUAGGAUUAGCGUUGUGAGGUGGUUGAAAAUUGCCGCGAUGUUAUUUUUUUUGUAAGUUUAUAUUAUAGAGAUGUUUAACACAUGUUAUUAUAGGAGACAUGUAAUGUAGGUUAUUUCAUGUGCAAUACGCUAAAAUAAUAUUAUUAUUAGAGAUUAAUUAAUAUUUGCCGGUCACGUCGGGUCGGUUUGAAAAAAUUAUGUAAUUUAAUGCCGGAAAUGGAGUUUUCCAGAAAAAAAGUUCACCUGAGAACUAAAUCAAAUUCAUUAUACAGGGUGUUACAUAAAUAAGUGCAAAGUGCAACAAUUUUAAGUGGUAUAGUCUAUAAAAUGAAUAACUUUGAA